AGCCUGAGCGGAGCCCGCCCAGAGGAGCCGCCCCGCCGGGAGUGCAGGAGGGACGGCGGCGGAGAACCGGGGCCGCGGACGCCGGACCGAGCGGAGCGGAGCGGAGCAGAGGGGGCAGCGCCCGGCCCCGCCCCCUCCCGCCCUCCGCGCUGCUCCCGAGGCCACGCCCCCUCCCCUGCGCCACGAGGGGCGUGCCCCCGCCAUGCACCGCCCACUGGCGCGUGGGCGCGGCUCCGGCGCCUGCGCUCCAGCUUCCGGCUUUUUCGCCCCCGCCGGCAGAACAGCAGCCGUAGCCCGCGGCCAAUCAGGCGGGGUUUAGCUGGAGCGGCGCGCCAAUAGAACGGAGGCGGGGGCGGGCUCAGCGCGGCGAUUGGCCGUGUCGCGCCCUUAAAGAGCGGAGCGGGGUGGGGCGCGGGGGGGUCGGUGCGGGACGUGGCGGCGGAGCGGAGGGCGGGAGGCAGCGGCGCCAUGACCCGCGGGAACCAGCGCGAACUGGCGCGGCAGAAGAACCUGAAGAAGCAGAGCGACUCGGGCAAGGGCAAGCGGCGGGACGACGGGCUCUCGGCCGCCGCCCGCAAGCAGAGGGACUCGGAGAUCAUGCAGCAGAAGCAGAAGAAAGCCGACGAGAAGAAGGAGGGCGCCAAGUAGCCCGCGGCCGGGCCGCCCGCCGGCAGGAUGCCCAGCGCAGCCCCGGGGCCGCGCCGCCCCGGCAGCGCCCUGCGCCCGCCUCGGGCCCGUCUCCUAUUAAAGUAGCUCGUGGA